AUGCAUUCACAUAUCCUGAUAGGACCUGUUACCCAGUUGCUUCCACAAAUACAAAGGUAUAGCACCAAGUCUCCCUUAGGUGUGACAAGGAGAAAGGUUCGGUUAUUAAGAAGCAGAGAGCUGACCGUAGAGCAAGGCCUUGACUAUGUAGCAACUUGGAACUCUGCAAUGCUUAUACCAGACGAUCUCAACGAGGCCAUCUCUGCUCAGUUUAAGAAAAGACUACCUCACUACGCAAAGCUGUGA